UCAGCACCGGAGCAGCUCACUUGUCCAUACGAGCAACAUCCUAUUGUCAUAGCCCUACAUCUAGCUGAAUAAAACGACACCCCAUCACCUGGACUCAGUCUAUCAGGGAACUGGCAGCUGUACAUAAGCACCACCCACCCCACCCUCUCGAUGAGGGACAAGGCCACCCAGACCCCCAGGGCCUGGGUAGAUGAGCGGAGGAGAGGCUCUCAUAAACGCUCAGCAUCCUGUGGCAGCACUGACCAGCUGAAAGAGAUUGCAAAAUUGAGACAGCAGCUCCAGCGCAGCAAGAGAAGCAGUCGUCAUCGUCGUGACAAGGAGCGCAAAUCACCCUUCAAUGGCAACCAUGCUAUUAUUCAAUCACAGUCUCAGAUGCCCAAAACCAUCCUCAUCCCCAUCCCAAUCUCCAGGACCACCCCUCCUCGCUUCCGCAACAGCAUUGAAGGCCUCAACCAGGAGAUUGAGCGCAUCAUCAUACGAGACACCACAGAGCGAGAUGAAGUUAUUGUUCCACAGGAUGUCCCUGAUGGACACCGUGCACCCCCACCCCUUCCACAGCGCAGCAGCAGCACACGCAGCAUUGACACCCAGACUCCUUCAGGACGAAGCCUGGGUGGUAACCAUAGCAACAGCAGCAGCCGGGCUGAUUCAGUGUCACCCUCAUAUCUCAGCAUCCUGAAUGACACAAUGGGAAACAGUCCCCUCAAUGAUGAUGCACUCAACGACAGAGAUAUAGGGCCAUACUCUCCUCUGCCUAAGUACGCUGCUUCUCCCAAACCCAACAACAGCUACAUGUUCAAGCGUGAGCCUCCGGAAGGUUGUGAACGAGUCAAAGUCUUUGAAGAGAACCAGCCAAAGCCUCUGCAGGAGAUUCCUCCGUACUUGUGUCCGGAUCGGAACAAGGUGAACUUCAUCCCUAAAAGCGGCUCAGCUUUCUGCCUCGUCAGCAUACUGAAGCCGCUCCUGCCCACACAGGAGCUGAACUUCCGCAGCGGGGUUACUUACCGCAGCCUCUCGCCCUCUAUCGUCCCUCUCAGCGGGGUCGGAGUGCGCAGCCUGUCCCCUUCCGUGGGUGGCGUCCUGUCCCGAGGACGCCAGUCUCCCUGCCUCCCACGCCACCUGGAGGAGCCUGAGGGUUAGACAUCCCAACAGCUCAAGGAAUUAUUUCAAGAUGGAAGUACAUGUGUAAAUAACUCUCAUCAUCAGAAGGCUCUUUUGUAAUAUGAUUGAAUCUCGA